AUGCACGCGCCCUGCAGCCCCCGUCCCCCGCUCUCCGCGGCCGCCCUGGUUGCGCCAGGCGGGGCACUGUCCUGGGCCGCCAUCCGCGGGUCGGGGCUGGCACGAUGCGUCCUCCUGGACCGGGCCGCCCUCGUCUCCGCGCUGCCCACGCUGCGAGCGGCGGUGGAGGGGGGCGCCUGGAUCAUGUGGUUCUUCCUCGCCGAUCGCACCGCCUUGCUGAACUCCACCGGCAGGAUCUACUCGCGUGACACCUUCCUUUUCAUGUUCCUGGCCCUGGCCACAUGCGCGGCGCUGGCCAGCCAGCGGCCCACGGGGCGGCCGCCUGCUGUGCUGAACCGCGGGCAGACCGAGGAGUGGAAGGGCUGGAUGCAGGUACUCUUCCUCCUGUACCACUACUACUCGGCCAAGGAGGUGUACAAUGCCAUCCGCGUCUUCAUCGCCGCCUACGUGUGGAUGACGGGGUACGGCAACUUUGCCUACUACUACAAGACCUCCGACUUUGGGAUGGGCAGGUUCUGCCAGAUGAUGUGGCGCCUGAACGCGCUGGUGGUGGUGUGCUGCCUGGCGCUGAACAACUCCUACAUGCUCUACUACAUCUGCCCCAUGCACACCCUCUUCACUGUGUUUGUGUACGCCGCGCUGGGCCUGGGGCACGCCCACAACAAGCGCCCCGGCGUCAUCUGGGCCAAGCUGGCGGCCUGCCUGGUGCUCACCCACCUCCUCUGGAUGAACCGCUCGGUGUUCGACCUGGUCUGGCGCCCGCUGCGCCCCCUGCUGGCGUACACCAACCCCGCCCGGCCUGAGGGCGACCCCAUGCACGAAUGGUUCUUCCGCACCGGCCUGGACCGCUACGUCUGGGUGCACGGCAUGGCCUGCGCCGCCCUGCUCCCGCGCUGGGAGGCGGCGCUGGCGGCGCUGGCGGCGCUGGGGUGCAAAGCGCGGCGCGGCGCCCGGGCCGCCGUGCUGGCGGUCUGCGCCCUGGUGGGAUACACAUGGUAUGCGCACGUCUUCUCCAAGCCCAAGCUGGAGUACAACGCGCUGCACCCCUACACCUCCUGGAUUCCCAUCACUGCAUCCCACGAGGCCCAUUCGACCCCUCUGUUCCCCCCUCCCCAAAACCGAAUAGUGUUCAUCGUGGUGCGCAACCUGACCCCCGGCCUGCGUAGCGCCAACCUGGUUCUGUUUGGCUGGCUGGGUGCGGUGACGCUGGAGACCUACAUCGGCCAGUUCCACACCUGGCUGCUCACGCGCCGCCCCGACGGCCAGCCCGUCCUCCUCCUGGACCUGCUCCCAGGCUACCCGCUGCUCAACUUUGGCAUGGCCACGGGGGUGUACAUCCUGGUCUCGCACCGCCUGCACACCACGACGCUCACGCUGCGCGACGCGCUGGUCCCGCACGACGACGACGCCCGCCUGCUGCGUAACGCCGUCAUGGGCCUUGCCCUGGCGGGGGGGCUGUACGCCGUGACCGUGGCAGGGGUUGGCCUCGCCGCGGCCCUGGCCCGAUGA